UAAAUUAGGAGGAGGACGAAGGGGGGGCCACCUGGUAGAAGAGCACAGAACAGCUUUUGGAAGGGACACUUUCCAGGAGGCAGAAGAGAUUCAGUCGGCUGACGGGCUUCGAUGUUAGAAGAAUACAAGUGGAUUCACAGUUUGUUGUUUACCUGAACUCCGAGCAGACUUUUAAAAGAAAAUCCUGCAGUCAGGAUUAUUUAUCAUUUACUUUUUGCAGCUGUAUGGUCAAGACCUCCAUAAGGAUCUUACCACACCUCACUUAGACAUGUCUGAUUGAUUUUUUUAACCUCAAGCGUGCACGAAGACGUCUCUCCGGAAUUAUCCUGACGCAUCCUUCGAUAUGAAUCAUUAGGGACUCUCGGGUUGCCGUCGGAAAGAUGGAGAACGUGUCUGACCCCGGCGUCUUUGCCCCACCGCUGUGCGACGACUCGGUCGACUCCUACGCAAUCUCCUCGGGCAACCGCACCGACUUGAACUGCACCCUCGCGUCCGACUUCUACUUCUACGCCGACAUCUACGUCAUCUUGCCCAUCAUCUACUCGGUCAUUUGCGCCGUGGGCCUGACCGGCAACACGGCCGUCAUCUAUGUGAUCCUCAAAGCCCCUAAGAUGAAGACGGUCACCAAUAUGUUCAUCCUCAACCUGGCCAUCGCCGACGACUUGUUCACAUUGGUGCUCCCCAUCAGCAUCGCCGAGCACCUGCUGCACUACUGGCCCUUCGGGGAGGUUUUGUGCAAAAUCAUCCUCAGCAUUGAUCACUAUAACAUCUUUUCCAGUAUCUACUUCCUGACUGUUAUGAGCGUGGACCGCUACCUGGUGGUCCUGGCCACGGUGAGGUCCAAGCGCAUGCCGUACCGCACCUACCGGGCGGCCAAGAUCAUUUCCUUGUGCGUGUGGGUUCUCGUCAUCCUCAUCGUGGUACCCUUCAGCAUUUUCGCCGGGGUUUACAUCGAUCCCAGCGACGGCAGAAAAAGCUGCGUGCUCAGCUUCCCCGCACCGGAGAGCUUGUGGUUCAAAGCCAGUCGGAUCUACACCCACAUCUUGGGCUUCGCCAUCCCGGUGUCCACCAUUUGCAUCUUGUACACCAUGAUGCUCUACAAGUUGAGAAACAUGCGCCUCAACAGCAACGCCAAAGCGCUGGACAAAGCCAAGAAGAAAGUCACCGUCAUGGUUUUCAUCGUCUUGGCCGUCUGCUUGUUCUGCUGGACGCCGUUCCAUCUCAGCACCAUUGUGGCCCUGACCACCGACCUGAGGCCCACACCUCUAGUUAUCGGGAUCUCCUACUUCAUCACCAGCCUCAGCUACGCCAACUCCUGUCUCAACCCAUUUCUCUAUGCCUUCCUGGAUGACAGUUUCAGGAAAGCCUUCAAGAAGAUGCUGGAAUGUAGUCCAACAUGAACUGAUGGGCACGUAAUGAGUUAAAAAAAAGAACAUUUACCCAAGCUACACCAGUAAAAUAAAUAAAUGUAUGAAUCUCACUGAGUUUGUAGGUUCGACUAACAAAAUUCUCCUCGCCACAUUUCGUGUUGCGUUAAACAAUUAAAGAUCUGAAAACAACCAGCAAAGACUCAAGUGCUGAUAUUAACUAAAAAAUAAAAUGUGAACACAUUCUCAGACUUUGUUGUUGCACGUGCCAUCACAUGUAUGAAACAAAACGAAUGUUUAUCAAUAUUAAUGUGUGUAAUUCCAGGAUUAUUUUGAGGAACAGUUUGUUAAGAUGGUUUAAAGUUUAUUGGUCCGAUGUAACACAUGAAUAUGGGGGAGGAAAAGCUGUGCAAAUGCAGGAACAACAUUAUUAUUCAUAAAGUGUUCUCAAAAGUAGAUGAUAGUUUGCACCAUUUUCUCACGGGGCAUAUCAAAACCAUAACUGCCUCCCCCCGCAAAUGUGUUCAUUUACAAAUCUACAGAAAUAUUUUAUAAUGACUAUUCAAAGAGUUCAUGACGGUCUUUGUCAUUAAGUUGGUGUUAAGGCUGACUGUUACUGCUGACGUAGACGUUUGACGCGUGUUACUUGAAGUAACACUGAAGUAACAAACCACGAGACAGGUACCCUACCCUUUCUGUAAUUGAUGAAUUUCUGAGCUUUUGUCGCCCCCUGUGCAAAUCUAGACGCUCAUUACAACAGUCAUACUUUGCCCUUGUCACUACUUAAUUUCUGUUUUACCUUCUGUCAAAAGAUUUACACGCAAACAAAAGACCGAGAUUAAUCAAAGAAAAUAAUGAAUUUACUUUUGCCUCUUUAUACAUGGGAACCACAAUUAUGCUUAUUAUUCAAAACCAUCAAUACCUGUUGUUCUUUCUAAUAGACAUUACAUUAAUUUGGUAACGAAAUUUGAGGAUAGCAAGCCUUAUGUUCGUAUUUUUUUUAUUAGUAUGACGUCAUUUGACAAGAUAGUAAAACAUUUUAUUCUAUCCUUUUCCCAUCACCAUAUUUUAACAAUGUAAUCCUCAAAAUUUGUCGCACUUGCGUCUGAUUAAAAGUCCAUUUGAUUCAUUUUAGGAUUCCAUUUUUCUCUGUUAUUAGCCAGUCAAUUUUAUUCUGAACAUUUUGGCACAUCGGCAAUACUGUCUGUACGGAAUCGUUUGGUCUUUAAUUGAAGUUGCAUCGUUUGUCUUUUGCUUUUGUUGUCGUAAAUAUCGGUGGAAUUCCAUUCAUCCAUUAUCUGAACUGCUUAUGCUGUGAAGAUCACAAAUAUUUCUUCUGAAAGCUUCACCUAAUACCACUGAAAAAGCAAUGUGUUGAAUUUCUAAUAGUGUUCAAGGUAUUUCAAAUGAAAGAUUCUUUCCUUUUGAGUCAAUGCUGAAGAGAUUUAAGUCAUCAAGGUUACUGGUUGGUUUUUGUGUCUUUAACUUGAAAUCAUUAUUCAGCCAGUUUGCUAAACUUUUAAGACUUAAACUUGCCUGCAACAACUUUCUCUCGCCUUGUGAGUUUCCAUUAAUUGUAUACACACGUCAAAUGUGAUUUGGGUGCAUUGUUAUAUAAUUGCAAAUGACUGCUUCAUUGUUAUUCCACGUGUCGGCUAUUCGGUGACUGAAAAGGACCAUUUGUAGUUGGGUCUGCUGUAUAUUCAAGUUUUGACGGACAGUUGUCUACCCGUACAAACCUUAAAUCACCUGCACGCACAUCGAUCGGUUGUCAUUUGGUGAGGCCAUGGUCCAAAUGGAUACUGGGCUCGUUCCCAAAGGUCAUGUCCAUCUGCACUGAGCCAAACAGCGGCAGAAUGAAUUAGUGACCCGCCGCCAAAAGGCCCCAGUUUCAAUCUUAUCAACCGGCUGCUGCUUCCCCUCAUCGUGAAUGCAUAGCACAUAAAAACUAAAGUGCUUGAUGGCAAAGUGCUUGUUCUUUAUUUCACCGACUUUGUAUUUGUACCAUGUAUUUGUAGUCUUCUGCAAACAGCAAAGAAUUCAAUGGAAUGUAUGCCUUCACAAAUAAAAUCAUGAAUAAAGCUCAA